AGGUAAAUAAUAGAAUAAUAUACAAUAUAAUAUAGACUUCGCUACUUUGGAGUAGGUAUCGAGUUGUUGCUGUUGACGUCCGCCACGGUCGCCGAAGCGCCGACACUUGAGACUCGGCAGUUCGACGUUCAACGUUGCGAUCAGCAGUCGUCAAAUUCGUUUGUCUCGUACUCGUAGUUUGUCUUUCUGGUUCUAGUCACUCUAGACUAGAAUUAAGAACACCAACGUAGUUUCGUUGUGUCGUAAAAAUCGUCCGAUCCUGAUCAUGGCGAAGAAAUUACUGGGUUUGACCCCUGGACUCGCCAAGUCCACUUCCUUGGCUCGUAACCGCAAUUAUGCCACAACUUCAACAAGAAUCUUGGCAAAAAAUCCUAUUGUUGAAAUGGAUGGUGAUGAAAUGACUAGAAUUAUGUGGGAAAAAAUAAAAGAAACACUCAUUUUUCCUUAUAUCAAAUUAGAUUGUUUGUACUACGAUCUUGGUCUACCCAAUAGAGAUGCAACUGAUGAUCAAGUAACUAUAGAUGCUGCAGAAGCUACAUUAAAGUAUAAUGUGGGCAUUAAAUGUGCAACAAUUACACCAGACGAAGCUCGUGUUGAAGAAUUUAAAUUGAAAAAAAUGUGGCUCAGUCCUAAUGGUACAAUACGUAAUAUUCUUGGUGGUACAGUGUUUAGAGAACCAAUUAUAUGUAAAUCUAUUCCUAGGCUGGUCCCUGGUUGGACCAAACCUAUUGUUAUUGGCAGACAUGCACAUGGUGAUCAAUACAAAGCUACUGAUUACUUAGUUACUAGGCCUGGCCAAUUGGAAUUAGUUUUUACUGAUCACAAAGGGCAAGUAGAAAAGCUUAAAGUAUUUGAUUUUAAAUCUACUGGUGUAGCGAUGGCCAUGUAUAAUUUGGAUGAUUCAAUAGCUUCAUUUGCUCACUCCAGUUUUCAAGUGGCUUUGUCAAAAAAAUGGCCGCUUUAUUUAUCUACAAAAAAUACUAUCCUUAAAAAAUAUGACGGAAGAUUCAAAGACAUUUUUCAAGAGAUUUUUGAAAAGAACUACAAGUCUCAAUUUGAAGCGGCUAAGAUUUGGUAUGAACAUCGGUUGAUUGAUGACAUGGUUGCACAAGCAUUAAAAGGAGAUGGUGGUUUUGUAUGGGCUUGUAAAAAUUAUGAUGGAGAUGUCAUGUCCGAUAUUAUUGCUCAGGGAUAUGGUUCUUUGGGUCUUAUGACAUCAGUUCUCGUAUGUCCUGAUGGUAAGACAUUAGAAUCUGAAGCUGCUCAUGGAACAGUCACCAGACAUUACAGACAACACCAACAAGGAAAAUUAACAUCAACAAAUCCAAUUGCUUCAAUUUAUGCUUGGACUCGUGGUCUUAAGCACAGGGCAAUGCUUGAUAACACUCCUGAACUUUCCAAAUUUUGUGAUACAUUGGAAGAAGCUUGUGUAGGAAGUGUUGAUGCCGGCCAUAUGACUAAAGAUCUUGCAGCUUGUAUACAUGGCUUAAAAAAUGUUAAAGAAGGAAUGUACUUAAAUACCAAUGAGUAUUUGGAUAGUGUGAAAGAACAUUUGGACAUUAAAUUGAAACCGGAUACAAAAAAACUGUUUGCAUCAAUUGGUGCAGUUUGACAAGUCUGACCUUUCGCUGCAAUUACAAUUUAUCAUUAUUCUAUUAUACAUACUUUUUAUACUUAAUUUAUUAUCUAUUUGAAUAAGAUGACAUUUAUAUUUUAAUAAUUGCACUUUUAUGAUCAAAUUUGCACACAAUAAAUCAAAAUUGAUAAUUCA